AUGGUCGUGGACGUGUGGGGCGACUUGCUGCGUGGCGCGCGGUCGCGGCAUGCGUUCGUGUCCAAGACCAUCGUGGUACUGGGAGAGCCAAGUAGCGGCAAGUCCACGCUUGUCCAGCAGCUCGCCGGCGCGCGUGGCACGACCGUGCCGCGCGAAACGACCGGUCCGUUGCGAUUUGGAUACAUGGGCGACGAUCGCUCCUUGUCUGACGAAACCCUGCGAACGGGCGUGUACACCGUACACUCGUCCGAUCCAUCCGUGGUAGCCACGCUGCCCUAUGCAUUCCCGCCUGUACAGACCGCGCCGGAUGCAUCGGCUCUCGGCUCGUUGCGCCGCAUGCGCGAUACACUCUUUGUGCUCGUGCUGGACUGGUCCAGGCCAUGGUCCUUUGCCGCGCAGCUUGUGGCGUGGCUGCACAUGCUCUGCCGACUCGUGGAGUCUGCGCACGCCGCGGGGUGUGAGCACGACGCCGAGACGGAGCGUGCUGACAUGAAGCAGCAUCUCGCCUCUAUGCUGUCAUGCGAAGCUGUCGACAACCUGGGCGUGCCGCUUGUGAUCGUAUGCACCAAGGCGGAUGCGAUUGACACGGCUCUUCGCGAACGGUAUCUACGUGACGAUCAGUUCGAUUUCCUACAGCAACUCCUUCGGACCGUGGCUCUGCGAUUCGGCGCUGCCGUGUUUUCUACGACCAUCAACAGAGCCGCCUCCUUUGACGCACUCCGCUCGUUUGUAACCCAGGUCCUGCACCAUGAGACGGCGCCUUCACUGACGCCUAGCACCGCCGACGCCCAGCACCUGCUCGUACCGCCUGGCUGGGACUCGUGGAGCAAGAUCGAAGCGAUCCACGAGUCGUUUUCUUGUGCAGCAUGGCACGAAGCAUGGGCGCACGAUAUCCCUGCGGCGCAUGCCGAGCAUACCACACGACUUUGCGAGCGUAUGGUACCCGCACCACCACCCGACGCGUCGGCCAUGCCUGAUGAUGUGCAGGUCCCAUCUGAGCACGACUUUCUAGCGGAUCUCGAGGCCCGGCAAGCGACAGAUAAUGCAGCGCCUGUGUCUACGGCUCCUGCGCGCAAUGCCAUGGGGCCUUCGAUGCAUACAUCCACUCUGGACCUGCCGUCUGUCGGGCGCGUGCUUGAUAAGCAGACGCAGCCUGUGCCGCGUGAGGAAGCACGAGCGCCAAGCUUGACGACGCCCAAGCAGACUGAAGUGCUACACAGCUUCUUCCAGAGCCUGCUCAAGAAGCCAUCAAGUCCCGCGGGGUCGUCGCCACGCACGACGCAUCGCGCGCGUCGACACAAAGACAGUAGCUAG